AUGAUGGAAUACGGAAGAACGCGCAAAGGGCCGCUGCCUGGAGGUCGCCAGGGCGCGUCUGGAGCUGGCGCUGGACGCGGCAGCAUGCGAACCGCCAGCCGAGCGCGAGGUGCUGCACGACCACCCAGCAGCCCCUCGCAUCCAUCAUCCCCACCAGCUGGCUUGGUGUCGGCAGGGUCUUCGCGGGCCCAGCAAUCGGCACCCGCCUCUGGUGGAGUACGCCGCAUGCGUUGGACAACCCAGAUGAACAGCAACGCAUUGCGGGCGUAUUUUAGGGCGAAAGGGGGAGAAACUGGAUGUUUGGCGUAUCGGGCUAGGAUUCCUUCAUCGGGUGAAAAUGCUGUGGCUGAGGAUGCGGCGCCACAACUUGCUGAGCAAACGGCAAAUGUAGAUGCCGCCGUGAACACGCCAGUUGUGAUUGAUUCAGACGAUGAUGGAACAGUCGCCCAGGAACUGGAACUAGAGCAAAUGAGGAGUACAUUGGAAGAGGCGAUUGUGAAAACGCGCAGUACGCCUCUCGAAAAUUGA